GAAUAUGGCCACAACGAACUUCUGAGUCAACGAAACACUCCAACUCGACACAGAGUGGUUUACAUACACGCCUAGAGAUAGAACAAUCUGACGUACGUGCUGGUUAAUGGGCCAACUUCGCCCUUUCUCUUCGAACGACCUAUCCUGGCAGUUAAAAUUGCAUAUACCGCCAUACGAAAAUCCAGAAGUGUUAUGAAUAUUUUUCUACCUUCAAAUUGCGGGGACUUCUUUAUCGGAUCUAAAUGCAGGUUACACAGACUUGAUCCACCCACCCCGGCCGGGUCUGUCCCAUGGUCGGCCAUGACAGGGACAUCACCAGAAUCAGUACAUCAUGCGUGGCAAGCAAGGUCUCCACCUGAAGGAAUUCUAUGGAUAGAGGACGGCAUGAGAGGCAGGGGAAGGAAACUAUUGACUCACGACCAUACCAUGUCGCCCUAUCGCGAAAAACAACGCCAUCUAUGGUGCUCUGAUGCGAACUUGGAUGUUGUUCAUUGCACAGACAACCUGCCUAUAAUACAACAUCGAAUCAUGCAAUCGGAACGGAUACUACGUUAUAAUUUCAAGGAGAAGGAUAUCUACAUAUUGGGGCUUCAGGUAUCAAGUGGCGAAACGACUUCAUCGAACACGAUAGCAACGGUCGUUAUUCUGAAACUGCCCCCUCAGCUAUUUUGAGUGUCGGCAUACAAGAUGGAGUAAAUGAAGGGCUUGGGGAUGUGCACCGAGAAAGCACAUCCUUCCUUACGCGACUAGGGCUGCGCUAACCUCGUCCACUCUACCGGGCUUUGAUUGGGCCGGCACUUCUCAUCAACAGAGGGCAUCGAAGGGCACAAGCAAUAAUGCAGUAACGAACAGAAACCAUGCGACCGACUCAUGCAUCAGCUAGGAUAGACUCGCUGAUUAAAGGACCUUGGCCAAAGCCUUUCCGAUUCGAAGAAUAUACA